AUGUCCUAUGGCACAGAAGGCCGGCGGGGGAAUCCCUCCGAUGAGGUCGCCCCGUCCAGCAGUGUCUAUGAGUACAUCGUCUUUCGGGGUAGCGACGUGAAGGACAUCAGCGUCGCUGGGGAGGAAAAGCCAGAACCUGCGAAGCCAGAGCAACCUCAGGUCCCAAAUGACCCUGCCAUCCUAGGAGUAAGUGAAACCUGCAUCUUUUGCUUUCAGUCUUCCCCCCUCUCCGCUGUGAACACUUCGUCGCGGUCGGCCAAUUGA